UUAUCUGAAUUGAUCAGACAUUUGCCUCUGAAUAGUUAAGCAAUAUACUAGCUCUUAAUGGUUCAGACCUCUUACUGGUUCAGCACUUAAUGGUUCAGACCUCUUACUGGUUCAGCACUUACCUAUUCAGAAGUUGCCAAACAGCCCCUUAAAUACUCUGUAUAUGGAGAGGGAUGGGAGGUAGUAUAUAUGGGUGAAGUUUGUGCUAGUGAGAGUGUAGAUUGUAGAAUAGAAAAGUAGUGGAGGGGUGAUUUGGGAAAAAGAAUUUCUCAAUAUGGAUUUGGUACUAGGGGUGGGUAUUCUUUGUAUGCUCCUCAUCAUUAUCCAACCCACUACAUCUUCACCAUUCAGUUACUCUGGAUCAACCGGACCGGACCGGUGGGCAUCCUUAAGCCCGGACUACGUCCUUUGCUCUACCGGUCGAGCGCAGUCGCCGGUUAACCUUGCCGCCCGACUCACGCCCGUAAAUCCGAAUUUGAAGGCUUUGGAUAUCCAAUUCCAGGACUCAGUGAAUGCCACUUUGGUUAACAAUGGCUACAACGUUCAGCUAAGUUAUGGUGGAGAAGGAGGAGGAGUGUUGAAGUUGAAUGGUACAAAAUACAGCUUGAAACAAUUGCAUUGGCAUUCCCCUUCUGAGCACCAAGUCUUCAGGGUUUCGUUUGUUGCUGAGGUUCACCUUGUUUACAACACUCCCAAUUAUACUGUCGCUGUGGUCUCAAUUAUAUUGCGGUCCGGCCAACGUGACCCUCUUAUUGCAACGGUAGAGCAAGAAUUGAGUGGGCUACCUAUGAAGCUACUAGGCCAAGAUCCACCUGAAGUUGCAUUGGGGGACAUUAAUGGGCUUCAAAAUGAGCUAAGAAAAUUAACCAAUACCAAUAGGUAUUACACUUACAAAGGCUCUUUGACCACACCCCCAUGCACUGAAGAUGUUACAUGGAUUGUCAUUGGAAAGUAUGGGACGAUUUCAAAUGAUCAAGUUCAACUCCUGAAACGACCACUGGACAAUGAAAGCAAGAAUAAUGCAAGGCCUUUGCAACCCUUGAAUGGACGAAGAGUUGAGGCUUACCAAGCUUAAGCCUUCCUUCCCUUUCCUUCUUUCUUUCAUUUAAUAAUGUGUUCUUUGUCGUAGUGUAUUUGUUCAGUUAAUUUUUUUAGUCAAACAUGAUAAAUUUUGAUCAUCAACGGAAUAAAAUCUACUUUGCAUAAUAUUAUUCUAAUAUAAUAAAUUUUCGAACGCUUUUUGUAACAAUU